AUGGGUGGAGACGGAAAAUUGGGGUUCGGCAUUGUAAUCGGAAGGUCCGACAAUGGUUUGGAUAGAAGACAAGCAUUUGUAGCAAUGAUAUGCGAAAGAAGUGGCAUGUACCAACCAAGGCUUAGGAACUUGAAACGAGAUGACACGAGAUCGAGGAAAUGUGAAUGUCCAUUUAAAUUGCGCGGAUACCAUAUGGCGUAUGAGACAUGGAAAUUUAAUAUGAUUUCUGGUAUACCUAGUCAUGCGUUGCAUGACAAUCUAUUUGGUUAUACCAUUGUAUGCCGCCUUGUUCUAGAGGAGAGGGAACUCGUUUUAGACAUGACAUUAAAGAUGGUGGCGCUGAAAAACAUACUCGCAACUUUGAAACGCAAAAAAUCUCUAAAUGUUUCAAAUAUUAAGAAAAUAUACAACGCACAUGCUUGA